CCCCCUCCUCCGGGCGCGGGCGGAAGUGACGCAGCGGAAGUCGCGCUGUGGCGAGGAGGCGGCAUGGCGGCGGCGGGCGCGCACCGGCCGGGGCCGCUGAAGCAGCAGAACAAGGCGCACAAGGGGGGGAAGCGCCGCGGGGCCGCGCAGCGCCGCGCCGCAGGCCGAGUCGCCGUCAAGGCCCUGCCCCGCCGGCGGCGCCGCGACCUCGGCAGGGUGGAUCGGCGGCACCAGGCGCUGCAGCUCCGCCGGCAGCGCAAGGAAGCGGUGUUGGCGGAGAAGCGGAGCCUGGGUAGCAAGGAUGGGCCCCCGCACCUUGUGGUUGUGGUGCCGCUGCACGGCGGGGCCGCAGUGCACGACACCCUCCGCUUGCUGCAGAGCCAGGACUCGGCCAUUGUGCGUGUUGAUGAGGGGAGAGCCGGUGGCUUCGCGCUCCUCUGUCCCCGGCUCAAGCAGCGCUGGCGCUUCGUGGCAGCGCAGGCAGGGGAUCUUCACGCUGUCCUAGACCUAGCGAAGGUCGCAGACUCCCUCCUGUUGCUCCUGGAUCCCGCGGAUGGCUGGGACAGUGCAGGGGAGCACUGCCUCUCCUGCCUCUUUGCGCAGGGGCUCCCCAGCUACGCUCUUGCUGUCCCAGGGGGCACCGACUUGCCACCAAAGAAACGGAUAGAUGCCAAGAAGAAACUUGCCAAAGCCAUUGAGAAACGCUUUCCUGAGGCCAAGCUCUUCCCCCUGAACACAGAGCAGGAAUCCUCGCUGCUGUUGAGGCACCUCGCCGCCCAGAAGCAGCGGCACCUCGCUUUCCGGGACAGACGGGCUCACCUGCUGGCCUACGCUGCCGAGUUUGUGCCCAGUCAGGAGAGCGACCUGGUCGGGACCUUGAAGGUAUCCGGCUUUGUGCGGGGCCAGACCCUCAGCGUGAACAGCCUGGUGCAUAUUGUGGGACACGGAGACUUCCAGAUGAGCCAGGUGGAUGCCCCCCCGGACCCCCUCUCUUUGAACCCCCGAGUGGUUAAAGGACAGAAGAGGAGUCAGGACAUGGAUAUACAGGAUGACUCGGUAAAUGGUGCUGAGGAGAUGGAGGAGGAUGUUAAGGUCCUGAUGAAGGCAGAUGCUAGCAAGCAGGAGUCUCUGCAGUCAGAAGUGGUUCCUGAUCCUAUGGAAGGGGAGCAGACGUGGCCUACUGAAGAAGAACUGCAAGAAGCAGAGGCUUCUCUGAAGGCGAGCAGGAAGGUGGUGAAGGUCCCCAAAGGCACAUCCAAGUACCAGGCUGCCUGGAUCGUGGAUGAUGGAGAAGAGGACAGUGAGGAAGAUGAUGAUGAGGAGGAAGAUGAUGACAUUGAUGAUAUGAUGGAAGAGGCAGCUUCCCAGGAGGGGGAAGGCAGCGAGGAGGAAGAGGAGCUUGCGGAGGAGGAGUGUGAGACCAUGACUGUGUCCGAGUGUGUGCGGGACGACCACUAUGAUGAGAAAGUGGAGGAGGACGAGGACCAGAUGCUGGAGAGAUACAAACAGGAGCGAAUGGAUGAAAUGUUUCCGGAUGAGGUGGACACGCCACGGGACGUGCCUGCCAGAGUCAGGUUCCAGAAGUAUAGAGGGCUCAAGAGCUUCAGGACUUCUCCAUGGGACCCCAAAGAGAAUCUCCCAAGGGACUAUGCCAGGAUUUUCCAGUUCCAGGACUUCUCCCGAACCAGAAAGCACAUCUUCCGGCAGAUAGAGAAAGAGGAGACUGAAGGGGCUUUGGUUGGCUGGUAUGUUACGCUUCAUGUCUGCAAUGUGCCUUUCUCAGUGAUGGAGAGCUUCAAAGAUGGGAGGCCACUAGUCCUGUUUUCACUGCUUCCUCAUGAGCAGAAGAUGUCGGUGUUGAAUUUCCUGGUGCGGCGGCAUCCAAGCAACAGCGAGCCAGUGAAGGCGAAGGAGGAGCUGAUCUUUCACUGCGGGUUCAGACGCUUUCGAGCUUCUCCCCUGUUUUCUCAGCACACGUCAGCUGAUAAGCACAAGCUGGAGCGUUUCCUGCGCCCGGAUGCUGCUCUAGUGGUGACUGUUUAUGCUCCUAUCACUUUUCCUCCUGCCUCAGUACUUCUUUUUAAACAGAGAAGUAAUGGAAUGCACGACCUCAUUGCCACGGGUUCUCUGCUUGCGGUGGACCCAGACAGAAUCGUCAUCAAGCGGCUGGUGCUCAGUGGCCAUCCUUUCAAGAUCUUUACCAAGACAGCUGUAGUGCGAUACAUGUUUUUUAACAGAGAGGAUGUGAUGUGGUUUAAGCCAGUGGAGUUGAGAACGAAGUGGGGUCGUAGGGGACACAUCAAGGAGCCAUUAGGGACCCAUGGUCACAUGAAGUGUCACUUCGAUGGACAGCUAAAAUCCCAGGACACCGUGCUGCUGAACCUCUACAAGCGUGUUUUUCCUAAAUGGACUUAUGACCCCUAUGUUCCAGAGCCUGUGCCGUGGGUGAGGGAUGAGACCGUGCCCCUGGCGCAGGAGGUGGAGAUGGAAUAAGUCUCAAGGCCCAGCAUGGCUAACGCGGUUCGUGCCUUUGCUCCCCGGUUGCUGCUCUCAGCCCACGUGCGGUGAGGACAGCACUGAUGUGUCUUGGACAUGUUAGUGCUGGGGUCUGUAUGGGGGUGGCUGUCCCACCAGCUCCAGCUAUUUAUUUUUACAGAAAAUAUUUUCAAAAACGUGGAA